AUGAAGAAUGGAUGCAGUAUUUUUGUUGGAAACAUCGACUUUGAGAUUCCAGAGGAGCGGAUAAUUGAAGAGCUUGGGUCUGUUGGUAAGGUUGUCAGCUUUAGGAUGGUUUACGAUAAGGCAACAGGUAAGUCGCGUGGGUUUGGAUUUUGUGAGUACGAAUCGCCACUGAUAGUUGAGAAGGCACUCCAGAAUCUCAAGAUAUCGUUCAAUGGGAGGCCGGUGAAGAUCAACUAUGCAGAGAACGAUAUGCCUAUGAAGUCGAAGGAGCCAGAAAGCCAGGUUCCAGAGAUCGACAACCUGAUCAGCGUGCUUGAUUGCAUGGACAAAGACAAUCUGAAAGAGGUUCUUUUAUACCUCAGGAAGCUAGCGCUUGACCAGCCGUCUUACUUAAGGGAGCUGCUCAAUAAAAACACAAGCCUUGUGUAUGCAAUUAUUCAUGCUGCAUUGAAGCUGAAGUUGGUUAACCAGGAGGCAGUCGAUGAACUGCUGAAGGAGUCGUUUGAUCUCAGCAAGCAGAAAAUGCAGGUCCUUGAUAGAAUAUGCUCGAUCCCUGACGAAGACCUGUGCUUUUUCCCAGACGAUGCCAGGAAUAAAAUCAGAAGGGUAAGAGGAAUGAUUCUCAAAACUAGAGAGAGAUAG